AUGGAUCUUAAUCUUAGUGAUGCUAUUAGUAAUGGUCCUAAUGAGAGACUAAAUGAGGAAGAUUCAACUGCAGAUUUUGCUCAUAGGACAAUUAAAGAUGCAAAUGUUUCAAUACCAGAAAAUCCAUUAUAUAAUGAUUUGAAUUUACCUGAUGCCAUUCAAAAUCCAUCUAAAGAUAUCAAUUUGGAUUCAGCUACAUCAAAAAAACUUCUUCAUAAAAAGUCGUUAAGUAUUUUUCAGUUAGUUAUCAUUAUUAUUUCUUUCCUUCGUUUUAAGAGAGCUCACUCUACUAAAUGGAAAGCUAAACGUGAGAGAGAUAGGUUGCAGAAGAUAUGGGAUAAUAGCAGUAAAGAGUUGAAAGGUAAUUUGGAAAAGGAAAUGCUAGACGUAAAAAACAAAAUGGAAGAUUGUGAAAAGAAACUGCUAAAAAAAAAAAAAGAAAUGGAACUGUGGGAAAAGGGAGUUCUAAGAGAAAAGGAAGUGUGGGAAAGGAGAACGCGAAAAGAAAAGCAAGAGUGUGGUGAGAGUAUGCUAAAACAAUUGGAAGAUUGGGAAAAGCGAGUUCUACAAAAAGGCGAAGAUUGGGAAAAAAGAAAGCUAAUAGAAAAGGAAAAGUUGGAAAAGGAAAUACUAAAAAAUAAGGAAGAGGGGGAAGAGAAAAUGCUAAAAAUAAUGAAAAAGUUGGAAAAGAAAAUUCUAAAAGAAAAGGAGAGUGGGUGGUUAAUAAAAGGCUUCAUUAAGCUUUUUGGUAAUAAAAAGAACUAG